AGGAGUAGCGGUCCUGGAUCACAACAAAGAUGGCGGCGGUGGCUCCUUGGUUGUACGAGAAGAGGGCCCUGAAAAAGCCCCGUCUUGGGCCUCCUGACGUCUACCCACAGGACCCUAAGCAAAAAGAGGAUGAAAUAACGGCAACAAACGUGAAGCAGGGCUAUGCAGCCAAUCCUAUCCAGGACGAAUGCGGCACGGCGCGUCACGCGAAUAUCACAACGGCCAAGUUCAGCACUUUUUUUUCUGGUGUAUUAAUUAAGAAACAGGAACUCAACACACUUCAAGAUACGGGCCGGAAAAAGCAGCAAAUUAAUGUUAAAGAGUGCUUUUGGCCAGUUACUGCCAAAAGUAAAAAUGUUUUUGAGAACUGGUUUAAAGAUCUGGCAGGUUCUAAGCCUCUUAUCUCCUUGGCGAAAAAAGUGCCAAUUUUCAAUAAGAAGGAGGAAAUCUUUACUAUAUUAUUCGACUUUCAAGUACCCAUGGUGCGCGCCGCCUGGUUCCUCAAGAUGGCCAGCGUCUAUACAGCGGCCAUCUCUGAGGCCAAAAUGAAGAAGCGACAACUGCCAGAUCCAUCACAAGACUGGACCCAUUCACUGUGCAAAUUUAUGAAGGAUAUCCUCAUUCGCAUGGUGGAACAACCUUCGCCCCCACCUCCAGGUGUGUCAAACCAAUCUACGACACCACCACAGCAGUCACCGCCCCCUGCUUCACAGGUUGAUAUGCACAGUCAGACAUUGGCCAAGCAUUGGCAGUACCUUUGUCAGCUGGCAAGUCAUUGUUACCAGGAAGGUCUAUUAGAUCAACAGGACUUCUUAUCAUGGCUGUUAGAACUUAUUGAACGAACAAAAGGACCAGAUGACCCCACAUUACGAAUAACGCUAUUACUGGUUCUUCAAUAUACAACUGACUUUGUCAAGAAUGAAAUCUUAUCAAGGCGACUAGCUUAUCAGUGUUCGAAAAAGAUCGCCCAUUUGGUAGCGGACUUCACACUGAAGGAAGGCGGAGCUGUCGCUGCCGCCAAGCGGGAAGGGUCCCUUACAGUAGAAGAGCUCAGCCCACUGGCGCAGGCUUUCGUCGAAAUUUUGUCAUGUCCCUAUCAUCGGACGCCAUUUUUGACAAUGUGUUCGAUUGUGGAAAUCAUCACGUUGGAUUGCCCAACUGCCAUGGUUUUCAACCAGACAAUCCCUGAGGGGUUAUCCAAAGACGAAGUUUCUUCGAAGCGUAUGCUUAAUGGGAGCCCUCUGGACAUACUGCCAUGUUCACCGUCACAACUGCCAAUUAUCCCUGAAGAUUUAGAAGCGCGGCGAGAACUUCGCGAAGCGGAGGAGCAUAUCAUCCAGCGGAGUCGUGCUUGUGAAAUGCGUUGGUCGUGUGAGAAAUGGCAAAGUCAGAGUACGGCGACUGGCGCUGUGAUGACCAAAGUACUCGCCACACUUGAUGCGUUAGAUCGACAUUCAUUCGAUAAAAUAGAUACAAAUAAUUCCUUCGAAACGCUUUAUAGUAAGAUUUUUACCGAUUGGCCGACGACGACAGCGUCAAGUAGUGAAGGCGAUGGGAAGUCUUUAGCCGUUCAGGAGCUAGAGCCAUUUGUAAAGCUUGUGUGUGAAUGGGCAGUAACCACUAAACGACGGGGCGAGCACCGAGCCCUGAUCGUCGCUAAGCUAUUAGAGCGUAAACAGGCCGAGAUACAGGGGCCGCAAGUGGGCAAGGAAGACGACGACGAUUCGUUUGUUGUUCAACCACCGAUUUUUCAAGAUCUUCUCGUGCGGUUUCUUGAUACGCAAGCACCAAUACUUGACGAGAAAGUAGCUGAAUCGCGACUGGCGUUUGCCAAUCUCGUGUUACUUUUCUGCGAACUGAUUCGGUGGGAAGUUUUCUCUCAUGACUUGUACAUGUGCACGCUAAUUUCAAGGGGUUAUUUCGCCAAUCCUCCAGUAGCGUCUUUGCCCGUGGCUGCUAUCGCAUCGGUUCCACCGCCACCAGGUGCGAGCUCCUCUCGGUCAGUUAACACGCCGCCAGGGCCUUCGUCCCUUGGCUUUCUUGAUCCUUCGCAUGGCCCGUCGCCGGGUAUUGGGGGCGUUCAAAGUGGUCCGAACAGUACCCAAUUGCCAUUAUUUUCACCCGGUGGACAGGUGCCACCUGCGGUCAAACAGGAAGCCCAUGGAUGGGGUGGCAGUGAUCCUCAAAUGGACUACGACGAUACAAGGCUCGAUGCCGAUCUCGGUAAACUUCUCGAACGAAUUAAGGAGGAACAGCAAAGCGAUCAACAACCGGAACUAUUCUCCGAUUCAGUCGGCUCCGACCGUGAAGACGGUAAGGAGGGUACUCCGCACAUAAGCUCAAAACAGCAGCGUCAUCUCCAGUACACGAAGCACUUCCCGCUACCUGCAGCUGAUUUAGACGGUACGGGCGGUGGAGGAGCUUCACAUGAAUGCAAUCAGAGACACGUACUGCUCUAUGGUGUUGGGCGUACACGUGAUGAGGCCCGGCAUGUGGUAAAAAAGGUUGCCAAAGAUGCCGGCAAACUGUUCGCCAAGAAAGCGUGCAUGGACGUAUCAGAGGGUGGUAAGGUUCGUAAGAGUGCAAAGGAAUCUGUAUCACUGGACGCAGUUAGCCAACGGUUCCAAGCAUUACCGUACAAUGAUCAGCAUACAGUAGCAGCGUCGGUAGGGGCACAACUUUUGGAGAUGAUAAACGGAUUUGCCACCGGCUCCUCUAAUUACCUGCCCUUGGCGGAGCAUAUCUCGUUUCUGUUGAGUCUGAUGGAAAUGGCUCAGAAUGUCAAUGGACUUCUUGAAUUAUGUCUGCAUAUACUAAAGGAGCUACCCGAUGUUGAGGCAAUGCUCGUCCAGAAGGGCUCACCAGUGGCUGGGGUCUAUGUACCAACGGUGACGCUAAAUGUUGUAGGUCUGUUAUACCGUUACCAUUGCUGUCUGUUGGUGUCACACGAGCAGACGCUCGCCAUUUGCGACGCCCUAUGUCGAUUAGUCGCCAACCUCGAGGAUACCAGUAAAUGUUCCAGCGCACAGAGGUGCAUUCUAUGUUACAUAUAUGACCUUUAUACAGCUUGCUACUUUUUGAGACAGAAGUACGCAGAUUCGUUUUUGGGAGCGUUAUGUGCAAAGGUAAAGCAGAACUUUUAUGUAAACCAAACUCCGCAACAGGUGCAUUUCAUGUGGAAAACUUCACAGUUCCAAGAACUGUUGGCCAAUCCUCGAGUCGCACGGCCAGGAGAACCAAAUGCUGCACCAAAUGCGGCCGCAGCCCACGCAGCUGUGUUGCAACAGCUCAACGAGAAUCCCUCAGCCCGUUACUCGUUUGUAUGCAGUGCGAUCGCAGCUGUUUCCUCAUGUACUGAUCUCGAACGCCUAAACGACGUUGCGCUCCUGUGUGCCGAGAUGACCGCUGGUUGUCAACAGUUGCCUGGGGAAUGGCUAGGCAUAUUAAAGGCGCUGUGCUGUUCUUCAAAUCACGGGUGCGGCUUCGUUGAUGUGUUGCAGGUGGUAGACAUCAAUGAUGUCGCCACACACGACCAUUUAGCGGUACUUUCGUCGAUGCUUGUGGCUAGGCGAUGCUUCACUCUUCAAGACUUUGUCGUUCAUGUCGCAAUUCCUUCACUUUUGAGCGCAUCGCCAGUGAGUGGAGCAACCCAUAUCGAAGCAGAGCCCGGUGCUCGAAUGAGUUGUCACAUGCUUCUGCGACUGUUUAGGACGGUUGAAGCGACUGGUGGAACUGUACCUGUUGGGCGCUUUCUGAUUAAAGCUGCGUGCGAUCGGCAUCUUUUGUUAGCUGCACACAACAGUAUGCGCGUUGAACCCGUUCUAGCGGUUUUGAAAGCGAUUUUGCUUCUUGGGGAAACGGGGAGUGAUGCCAAUCUUAAUGAUACCAGCCCUCAGCUGCUCGAAGACGCCGACGCGCUGUCGAUGGCAAGUCAGGCGUCGCUCAAGGACUAUUCUAAGUUUGCACUGGCCCAGAUAUGCUCACAGCAAUGGGUACAUGAGCGUUGUCUUCGAGAUCCGGACCUACUCUGCACAAACGAUCUUCUGCUAGAUCCGAUGUUGACCCCCUCACAAGCAGAGUCUCUGCUGGGUUUGAUAUGCUACCCCCAAAGCAGUUUUUCCACUGACGGCGGUACACGACGAGUUGAGUCGAAUCCUGACCAUCGACAGCGGCUUGUCAAAAUAUUGUCCAACCUCGAUCAAUGGAGUUUGCGCGUAUCUUGGCUACAGCUCCAAGUGAUGCACAUGCAGUGUCAACAAUCGGCAGAGGUUCCGCACUGGUUGGACAACGUAGCUCGAGCAUCGAUCGACGUAUUCCAAUUGUGUGAUGCGGCUGCAUCAGGCCAACAGCAAUCCACUAGUAGCGGAGGCGCUUCGAAUAGUAACGAAGAUAGGAAACCCCCAGGCGGGCAUCAAGGGCAACAUGGCCACGGUCACUCACCCUCAAAACGGUCGUCCCAGCAGCAGGAUCACACGGAGUUUGUUUGGUUUGUCGCCCCACUCGUCUCAAAGCUGCCUGGCGUUCAGGGAAAAAUUCUGCGCCAGGCGGGUCAUACUCUUGAAAACGGCAAUUGGACCGCUUACGCUGCAAAGAAAGAUACUAAGGCGUGCAAAGGCGCUGCUCUUUUGAAUCAUCAGCCAUUUCUUUCACUUAUACUGUCUUGUUUGAAAGGACAAGAUGAACAUCGUGAAUCGCUGUUGAAGUCACUGAACGCGCAGCUUACCCAAUGUUUGAGCACGACGCGUGACGACAAGACAAUACUAGAUGACCUGAAAGCCAGAAAAAGCUUUCACGAAGCGCUAUUGCUCAGGUUGAGUCUGGUGGGGGGAAUGUUUGACAUGAUCCAAAGGUCAACAACGUAUACAAUGGACUGGGCUCUAAUAUUCUUGGAAUUGAUUACAACAGGCCUGGUUGAUUCACAUUCUCACAAGGAACUUUUCUAUACAGUACUCGACAUGCUGGCUACGCUCAUCCACACUUCAUAUGAGGGUACAUUUAGUGAAGAUUCACGACGACAGUAUUUCGCGUUGAUCAAAAAACUGAAAAAGGAAAUAAACGAGUCCUCGCAGAAUAGCGAUGUCAAGCUUGUUUUACAACUCCUGCCUUUCCCGAAAAGACAAUGCACAGUAAUUACCUGUGAGCCCAUGGGUUCACUCAUCGACACGAAAGGGAACAAAAUUGCAGGGUUCGAUUCCAUUGAUAAAAAGCAGGGUUUACAAGUAGCAGAGAAGCAGAACAUUUCACCGUGGGAUUUGCUCGAAGGGUAUAAAAACCCUGCCCCACUUAUGUGGAGGUGGUUCGGAGCAGUUCGUGUCGAACGAAAACCAACCCGCCUCGAAGAAACAUAUCGAAGCCUUCUUUGGCAUACUCACAGCGCUCUGGUGAAAAGCAGCGACUAUUUCCUUGAUCCACCUCAGUUGCCUCAAGAAGACCUAGAUCCACCGCCAUCUGCAACGCCGACACCGCCUGUCGCUGUAGCAAGCACGGCGCCUGUGCCAAUAAGCAAUACGAGCAACACGAACAACAACAAUAUGCCACAGGUCUCGGUUGGGAACAAUAGCAAUGGACCAACUCCAGCUAAUCCACACGGAGCUCCAAUUGGUCCUGGUCAACAGCAGGCGUCACAACAGCAGUCCAGUGGUAUGAUGGCAGCUCAAAGCUAUGGCGGUCCACAGCAGCAUCUGAUGGGUGGUCCAAUGCCAGGUGGUCCUCCAGGAAAUAUGGGCCCGCCAGGACUGAUGGGACAGACUCCUGGUGGACCACACGGUCCUCCUCACAGUGGCCACAUGAUGGAUAUUAAGCCGGUAAUAGGACAUCAUCCGGGCCAUCCUUUAGGACAGGGGAAUCCAAUGGGACCCGUACAGCCAGGUCCAGGACCUCAGUCAGGCCCGAUGGGCGGCCAGAUGCCAGGACAAAUUGGCCAAAUGGGUCCAGGACAAAUGGGUCCGGGACCGCAAGCUGGAAUGCCGCCACAUAUGGGACCAGGACAUAUUGGGCAAGGACCCAUGGGGCCAGGGGGUCACAUGGGAGCCCAAGGUACGCGUAGUACAAUGGGUCAAAUGACUCCCGGUGGACCCAUGGGCACAAUGGGUAUGGGUGGCCCCGGUGGACCGAUGAACAUGGGACAGAUGCCACCUGGUGGUUCGAUGGGUCCAGGAGGCCCAGGUGGGCAAAUGCAGAGCAUGCCCCAGCAAGGCAUACCACCCAGUAUGAUGGGACCACAUCAGACAAUGAUGGGUGGACCUGCAGGUCAUAUGGGCCUGGCCGGCGGGAGCAGCCCCACCCGAGGUGCUCGUAAACCGCGACAGCCACGUCGACCCCGUAAACCAAAAGCGAAUCAACAACAGGCUGUUCCACAAAACCAGCCAGCACCUACCUCAAUUCAAGCGCCAAGAGGCCAAAUGGCGUACGGCGACAUCUACGGAGGCCCUGGAGGCCCCGGUGGUCCUGCUGGCGGAGGGCAACCAGGUCAACAGGGACCUCAGCAACAACAAGGAAACUGGGGCUAUGGACAAGGACCUCAACAGCAGCCACAGCCACCACCGCAACAACAGCCUGGUCAACCCCAACCAGGUCCAACAGGUUACUAUCAGCCGUCUGGUGGCGGACAGAUGGGUCCACAGGGACCUGGUGCCCAAAUAGGCCCGCAGCGCUUUGAGCGACAGCCGGCCAAAGCGGCAUUGUCGUCGAUGCUGCGUCAGCGGCAACCUCAAUCGGGUGGUCCCACAGGCUAUCCCGGACAGCCUAACCCAGGCCAGCAGUACGGAGGCAAUAUGCAACCCCAACCAGGACCACCAGACAUGAUGAGUACGCCGCGUAUGCCACUUAUGACACCUCAACAGCGCAACAUGGCUCCACAAAGGCUGCAGAACCCCAACCAGUUCGGACAGGGACCUCCAGGCCAAUUCGGUCAGCAGCAGGGUCCAGGUCCGGGACAAUUUGCAGAUCAAGUUGGUGCCGAAUAUCGUGUACGACCUCGAGGUGCGCCUCCUCCGAACAUGAUGGCUGGACCAGGCGGUUUCGCUGGUCAGGGAGGAGGCGGAUACGGUGGUGGUGUUGGCGGCGGUUAUGUAGCCGCCGGUGCCGGCGGACACCCACAGACAGCGGGCGGAAUGCAACAACGGCCUCAAUACCCCCUAUCGAACUCCGGUCAGCCUGGUGGAAUAGGCCCUCAGCAACAACAGAGCAUGGGUGGGCAAGGUGGAAUGAUGGGAGGUGGGUUCCAGCAGCAAGGUCCACAAAUGGCUCGGGGCCAAAAUCCUAACCAAUUCAUGAACCCGCAGCAACAGCGAGGUGGGCAGCCGCCUAUGCAGGGAGGAAUGCCACCCCAAAGGGCGCCGUAUCCCGGACAGGGUCCCUAUUGAGGCACGAAAUGAUGGCAUUAGGUGUUUCGCAGAUACGAUAGCAGUAGAUUCAGUAUUCCCACAUUUUCGCCUCGUGCUCACCUAAUUCAAGUAAGGUUAAACCAAAGCGCGCUCUGUACGAUAUUAUACCACAGGCAAAUGAAAAGCUCUCAUAAAACAGAUCUACCGAAGAACGACCACAAGGCUUGUCGUAUCCGCUAUGGAAAGCAGUCGGCUGAACUCUAAUAUGUAGCUUUGGCCAAACCAUUGUGAUUACUUGAUACCUUAUCAUGCCUUACGUACUUGAAAACUCACAAAUGACAGUAGACUGAACUAACAAACAAUAACGACAUGAUAACUCAAUACCAGCAAUUCUAAACGUUACUAGAGUUGAAAGAGCGACGCUGGCAUUGUAUGGAAGAACUGCCUUAACAUCGGGAUGCCAUUGUGCAGUACAUAGCGGAAACACUAAUUUCAAACGUCAAUGCACGGAAAGGGAGAAAGCAGAGAACUAAAUAUCCUAUUAGUAUUUAAUCGAUAAAUGGGUGGUCACCUUUGCCAACCAAACAUUGAUGGUUCCAGUAACUUUCCUAAUCUCUGCGCUUAGAUUUUUAGGACAAACCAUCUUUUGAAGGAGUUAGAAGUCAGUAGUGCAAAAUCAAGGGCUAGUGUUUUAACCAGUGUAAAAAGGAAUUACGUGAGACUGAAUCGUUUUGACUGGGCAAACAAAACGAUAAGCGAUUCACAAGUAAUAUUUGAACUAGGUAUCAACAAAGAGACAACUGAAAAGUGUUCACUAUGAUUAUUACCCAAUCUGGACCGAAGGCUGUCGCCGGGCGACGCAUGUGUUUACUGUACAGGCCGUUUAGCUAUACGAUGCUAACUAUUAUAAUUAUGUAUGGAUAAAAAGAAUUAGCUAAAAAACAAUAUAGAACGUGUUCUGUCACGAAGAAUGAAAGAAAUAUAGAUAGAGCCGAUAGGAGUGUUUUGCAAGUAAACACGGUUAUUUUGAUCUGCUUGUGUACAGAUGGUAAAUAGCAUAGGAAGUGUUUUUCCGGCAGGACACUAGGGAACAAACAUGAAGCACGAGGUCGGGCUGUCAUUGUUGGAGAUCGUGACCGACGGCGGCAUAGCAUGUUUCGUACUAAUCUUGAUGUGUUACAUACUUGGAGGUAAAGAGGAGUUUUCAGCUUUCAAUCUUUGUGUACAUUCAACUCUGUGACAGGCGCAUUAAUAGACUACAGCAAUCAAAUGAGAUUUUGUUGUGAGACAAAUACUGCAUAACAAUGUGAGUGUGUAUGAGUUUCUUUAGAGUUUUCUUGUGAACACGUGACGCCAUCGAGUACAGCGGCUAAGACAUGUUGGAUUUCUCAAAUUAUCUGUUUUUUUUUUGUUUGAAAUGUGUUUAGAUCAACUAAUCUUAUUUGUUAAUUCAAA